AUGGACUUCGAAAGUUGCGUCGAACUACCUGACGGACACCUUGUGAACCUCUCUCCACGACCUCAAAGGCAAACCCAGUACCAAGCAUACCGAGCUCAUUACACGACCACUGAGCUAUCUGCAACACCGCGACUACGAAACUCUCAUCGGGUGCCGCUUGAAGUUGAAAACCGUCGAAUCUCAGCCGACUUCAUGUCUCACAAAGACAAAACGACCAAGCUUCCUAUGCCGAAAUCGAUCGCCGAGAGGGCCAGGGAGCAAAGGAAUCAAACCCCUAGCCCGACUGGGAUCCCGAAAUCUUCAUCAGUUGCUUUCUCAUCUGGGGGAUCCGCUGGCCCAUCUGGAGACCGGGAUCGAGACCUAUACAUAAAGAAAAUACGUGGCAGAUUCGAAAAAGACUCGCCUCUGUCACAGCGAGGAUCUUAUAUCCGAUCAAGAGAAAGUGAUAGAAUUCGAUCCGAAGGGAGCUCGAAUUCCUGGCAACAAGAAAAAAUUACGGCCAGAAAUUCUCCAGAAGCCCACCCAUUAUAUCGGGCAGCCGCCUCUCGAAGUGGCAUCCCAAAUCCCAGCGCCAACAUUAAUAAAACGGUAUCAACCCCGCGAUAUGUUUCUCCUCAGACCUCUGAGCCACUAAAGAAGUGGCGAAAGUCAGGGGAUCAGUGGGUCAAUCGAGAGUCCCGAGAGAAUACGCCCCAGAAGUCAGAAGCAACAGAUACCACGACUAAUUCCAGCCCGCGGUCACACCCUUCAAUCUCGCCGGUUUCUGCUGAGGACUCGAUGACAGACUGUGACUGGGAAGACAGAUUCGUUGUUCAUAUGCCGUCUGCUAAGGAUCCCAACCCACCAACUAUGACUGAAGAACAGAUCGCCGAAUAUCAAAGAAGCAUCGAAAAAGUUCAUCGGGAUAGAGAACAAAUGCUCAACCCCAACACUCUACCUAGCCCACGAAACUCGGUAGGCGAUGAACAAAUAAAAUCAGACCAACUCAGGACAUCUGAAAGUCAAGGAUCGGAGUCACCACAAGCACAUAAGUCUCCGCAGAAAGCCAAUACGUUGGCCGUUCCAGCUUCUCAACCCCACGGGGCUCAAGGGCAGAGCGACUACUAUAGCCCUGAUGAGAUUGGCAAAAACCGCAUCAGCACGAUAUGGGAAGAGUCUCCCACAAAGCCGAAAGAGAAGCGAAAGUCCCACACCGCAGACGGUUCUUUUUUGGGGUGCAAGGAGAUCAAUGGACCACCUCCAAGAAAUCCGGACGACAUCCUUCUCUUUUCGACAGGAGAAGACACCACGACUUUGCAACCUCGUCCACUUGCGGUGCGUGCGAAGAAGAGACAGAAAGAGAAGGAUGCCCAGGCGGCACGCAAGUCGAUGGAAAAGAACGCGGUGCAAGAAGAAUGGUCAAAAGUUUCUCAGAAUUCGAAGAACGCCAAAGGCAAGCAGUCACCGGUGACUUUGUGUCAAGAUCGUCAUUGCUCUAAGCAGGAGGUAUCCAGUCCAGACUCUCAGUGCUCAAGCAAAGAGAACUCGCGUCCCAGGGCGAGCAUUGAACAAUCACCCGGUAGAAUGGAAGAUGGACGUGGCGAUGACGAUGUAUUCAUCAUCACACCUACUGUCACACGGACGAUGCUUCCAACCCCAACUCCCGAGAAAGCUGAAAUGGCAGCAAGAAAGAUCUCUAUUCUGAAGGCACAGGGGCUGAGGCGACCGGGUGGAACUGGCCAAUCUGGGACCGGAGAGGCAGUCAAGGCCGUCCGGGCAAAAGCUCAUGUUAUUUCUACACCUGCUGGACUACGGCAUAUCUCAGGCCUCGCGCAAGUCAAAUCGGCUGUUCCUUCCCUCACUUCUUCAAAAACGGCGCCCUCGCUCACGCCUUCCAAGGCGACCACUGAUGAUAUCCCUUUGUCAAAGGAGAAAGAGUCCAAAGACAAGGAUAUCAAAUCAAAAGAUAGCCCGGGUCAAAAGAAAGAGAAGGAGAAGUCCGAGAAACCAAGCAAUUCUAUUCGUGGAUUCAUCCGUACUUCAAGGUCCACAGGGCUUGUUAGGUCGCCAACCGAGAGUCUGGCAACAAUACUUCGCAACGGUACCGAGUCUUUGCGAAAUCGCGCGGAAUCUCUGCGCAACGGUUCGGGAUCCCUUAGCCGCAAGAGCGCAAGCUCCCCCGUUUCUCAGCCCUCUCCCCCAUCCAGAGACAAUUCUGAGUCUUCAAGAUCCGCAAGGUCUUUCAGGUCAGCGAAGGAGACUCCACCAUCAUCUGCAAAGCCUUCUCCGGCCAAAAAAGAAUCUCGUGUUGCCAAGGUCUCACUCGAGAAAUCUCCCAGUCGAGAGAAGUCCACUCCUGUAGAUCCAGAGCCUCCAGCGAAGAAAGCCACGCCUCCUCCUGAUAAACCAGAAAAGGAAGAGAAAUUAUACCAGCCCGAGCAGCUUUCCCGAGCUGAACGACUAGAGAAAUUCAAAGAGCAAGCUCGACUCCGCAGGGCGACCAGAGUUGUUGAGAUCGCAGAAUUAGACGGACAACAAGUGGCUACUUCCAAGAGGAGCCUCCAAGCCAAUAUCACAGAUGUCCACGACGACUUGGAAAAUCUGUCUUCAGAUGACAAAGACGAUGAAUCUGCCAAAGACCUCUCCAAUACCGUUGCCCUCUCCCUAAUCUUCGAUAUUGUGUUCUUGGCAAUAACCUUCAUGCACAAGUUCACUCUUCAAACAACCAACAGCCCAUAUCUCCAGUUUGUGAUUUCGAACGUCUUGAACAUGACCCGCCAUUGCUACCACGUUUUCAGCACAAUCUAUAGUACCAUAUCCGUCUACCAGAACACGGGGUCAUGGCCCAAGCCCAAGAAUGACCAGGCUAUAAGUCGUUUUUUGGUGGAGCUCGUUCAGGCUAUUGUCUACUUGUUUAUUCUUGGCUUUGGUGCCCUCAUCGCGGCUCGUGCUGCGGGGUAUAUGGUUCUCGUGGGAACUUGGGUGGUCUGGUUUGCUAGACCAUUUGCAUGGGCUUUCCAGUGUGUCACUCGUGCCCUCAUAACAUGA